AUGGCUAGUGGCAUAUUUACUAGCCUCCCAAACGUCAACAACUCAUUGUAUCGCUUGUCGACAAUCUCUCAAGGCGUGCUAGCCUCAUCAUCGUUUAGCAUCAGCAUAUUUAAUCACAAUAAUACACACAUGACCAUGGGUAUCAAGAAGACGGCCCAUAACACGUAUACUGUCCAGAGAAACGCUACUAUUUCCUUGGGUUGCGCUAUAGACAGCAGAUUAGAUUUUGCCAAUGAUUUCGUCAAUUCACCAUACGAUACCGUGCUGUGUAAUUUGACGAACCUCAAGGAUGUGAUGAAUGGAACAGCACCAGGCAUCACUCAAGCAGCAGGACGCAGCUUCCAGGGGAACUAUGCCAUAAGCACAGUCUAUACCUACUAA